GGCGCGCGGCGGAUCGCUGUACGUCAUAGAUGCGCAUCAUGAUCAUCAAGGCUACGCCCGGGUGAUGAUCAGCGUGAUCGGCUCAGAUCAGAAAAGGCGCGAUGGUUUUUCCCUGCGCUGGGAUUUAGUGCGACUGCCAUCCCAUGUAUAUCCAGCGCUGAUGAUCCUGGUCCGCAGAAUCGCCAUGAAAAGGAGUCCCCCGAAUCGUACACCCUCGAUCCAUCAUGACUUCUGUGCUCAGGUGACCCGAGAAGAACCUGUGUUUGCUCCCGCCAAGAGGUGCUACGGAUCUGGAUUGGGAAGAUACUUCACAAGCCACAGCUACCCGUCCGAUGCGGGGAUUCAUCUUUCCGUAGGUGAGCGUGUCGCGGUAAGUGCACAGCAAAGGAGACGAUCGGGAUCGCAGUCCGUGCGCAUCGUCUGAGCUUUCAAUACUGAACUGCUCAAGGACACAGAUAUGGCUUGGCCGCAGUGCUGACGGUCUGAAUGAGGACACCUCUCGAUUCCUCAAUCCGCAUCAUGACGAGAAGCGCGGCGAGGUCAGCGGCUAUAACACGGUGUUUCUCGAGGCUGGGAAUCGAUGGUUUCGAGGAUGAUUUCCAGCCGGCUGGGACAUACCACGUGUCUGAGGUUUGAAAUAUUCUUGUUAUCCACAGAUUCAUAGAUAGAAAGUAUACACAUGAGUAUGGCUGACUCAAACGCGAUGUCGUGCCGAGCUCCUGAACUGCACGCGCCACUUAGUGAUGAACAGAGACAGGAAGCAGCGAAGCUGGCCG